CCCUGCCGUGCCUUCUUCCGGGUUCAGUAGCACAGUACAGUCGUUUAGUUCGUGAGCGACUCGCCAGCUCCGGAAUGCACGUGCAGGACACAGCAGACAGUCUCGGCUCGGCUCGGCUCGCGUUGGCCGAGAGUGAGGUGAGCUCAGCUCACUCACUGCCUGGUGCUGCUGCUUCUUGUUGCUGGGGCGUCGUCGUCGUCGUCGUCGAGCGAGACGAAUUGGAGCCGUGAUGCGCGACGGGGAGAGUGUGCUCGGGGUGUCGGUGGCUGGGAGGAGCGGGAGUCCUGCGGAGCGACCUCGAGUGCGUGAACAUUGCUGCUGCUGCUGCUGCUGCCGUGCCUCGUGCCUGGCAGCGUCUCGUCAUGGGCCUCGGGAGACCGCGCUCGCGCGCGACCGGGGCGUCGAUCUUCAGGAGGGCAUCAUCGCGUGAGGCUUCUGGGCCUUUAGCUGCAGCUUCUCUUGUGAGCCAAUUGGGUGCUGUUCGUUCUCUCGCUGGCCGUGGAGGAGCUCAUCCGGAGCUUCUUCUCGUCGGGAUGAUUGUUUCCAGCUGUGGGGUGGUAGCUCGGAGUCUCGGAGCAGCAGGGGCCGGGGCCGGGAAUGUGUUUUGUCGUCAUGCUCGUGGCUUGUGUUCACUUCGGAGUUGUUCUGGAGCCACUGGAUCCGUCGAUUGUGCGACUGUCCCCCGGCGAGAGCUGCUGCGGCCGCAGAGAGUGCACUCGGAGGCAGCUGGAGCUGGAGUUGCAAGACUCACAAUCGCGCCAGAGCUCGUCGAGCAGGGGGGCACCGAAGUGAUUGGGCCCCGAGCAGCAGCUUACGGCCGAAGGGCAUUAGGCCCAGCUCCUCUUCUGAGCCAGUUGCCCGCUUCUCGUCCCUUCCUUGGCAGUGGAGCUCAUCCGGCUGCUCACCCUGCUGGCGAUGCGAGGGUUGUUUCUAACUGUUAUCGCUAUCUCGGAAGCAGUGACAAGAAUGCGUUGUAUCAUCACGGUUGCGGCUUUGCUCCAUUCCGAAGAUGUUACGGAACGAGUGGAUCGAGCGAUUCUUUCUCGGCCUCGGGUCGCCCGCUUCCCAGGGAGAAGGUGGACUGUGUUGUAAUUGGGGCUGGAGUUGUGGGUCUCGCCAUCGCCAGAGAGCUCGCCAGGCAGGGCAGAGAAGUGAUCGUUCUCGAAGCAGCUGACGCCAUAGGAACGGGCACAAGUUCCCGCAACAGCGAGGUGAUCCAUGCUGGCAUAUAUUACCCCCGCGGCUCUCUCAAGGCCACGCUUUGUGUAGCCGGCAAGCAUGCUUUGUACACCUACUGCAAAGAAAGGGACAUUCCUCAUAAAAAUGUGGGUAAGCUGAUUGUGGCGACUGGAGCAGGUCAGUCUGCAGUUCUUGAAAGGAUUCUUGUGCAUGGAACCGAGAAUGGUGUAGUUGAUCUGCGAAUGAUGAGCGGGGAAGAAGCAAUGAGAAUGGAGCCUUCCCUUCGAUGCACACAAGCGCUUUUCUCACCCUCCACAGGAAUUGUGGAUAGUCAUGCUUUCAUGACCGCCCUACAGACAGACGGCGAAGAGAAGGGAAUGACCUUAGCCUUUAACACAACAGUGUGCAGAGGUUCGGUGGUCUCUGACGAGAUUGAACUUGUAGUGAGAGAAUCUUCUUUGCCCAGCUCGCAAGACAACGAGCAAUUGCUACUAUCUGCAAAGGUGGUUGUCAAUGCCGCCGGUUUGUAUGCCCAGUCUGUGGCGAGACAGAUGCAAGGGGUGCCAUCGAACACCAUUCCUCAGGGUUAUUAUGCCAAAGGUUGUUAUUUUCAUCUUUCAGGUUACAGCAAGCCUCCUUUCAGCCACUUAAUAUAUCCCGUCCCGGAAGAAGGAGGUAUUGGAGUGCAUGUUACCAUGGACUUGGGUGGGCAAACAAGGUUCGGUCCCGACGUCGAUUGGCUUCCACAUCUCGACGACAACGAAUUAUAUCACCCAGCACGGUUCGAUUAUCAAGUUGAUCCAAGAAGAGGCGACCGAUUUUACUCGGAGGUUCGAAAGUACUUUCCAGCUCUUCCUGAUGAAUCUCUACAACCGGGAUACUCUGGAAUUCGUCCCAAGCUUUCGGGAAAGGGACAGCCACCAACAGACUUUGUCAUUCAGGUUCAAAGAAAUAUUCUCCUCUGUAUCAAUUCUGUCCGUCUCUCAUACCGGGUUGAAAUUUGACUUUCUCUUAUGCUUCAUUUGCUUUGGUCGUCGUCAUCCCGGUUGCAUAUAGUUAUUUUCUCAGGACGGUGGAUUACAGUAUGCUAUGAUUUCGCUUCUUUUUGCUCUCUACUCUCCAUUUCUAUUCGCUGAAAUCUGGCCAUUUGCUCAUGAAACAAUAAACGGACGAUUUGAUUCCUACCGAAACCAUCUCAGCCGUAGCUUUGAGGAGUUUUUCCUGGAAAAACUCCUCAAAGCUACGGCUGAUAAAAGCGAUUCGCUCGUCACGAGAAGCAGACGGAGUCCUACUUAAGUGUCGAGUGAGCUUGACAUGUGCAUGGACGCACAUGUCGAGCUCCCACCAGGGAGCUCAACGGAGGAGUGUGCGUAUCUCUAUCCCUCGGAGAAGCUCGAACGUCUGGGGCCGAAGCUCGCAUGGGAUCCCAGGACUCAUCCAGCUCUUCGGGAUCGAGUCCCCGGGGCUCACCUCCUCCCUUGCCAUAGCGCGAUUUGUAGGCGACCUGGUGGCCGACGAGCGUAAGGGCUAACGGGGUCGGGGCUACCGUUUGCUUGCCGUGACAUGUAAUUGAUCAGCGUGGGUACAAAGUGGGGCCAUAGCUAGAGAGAGAGAGAGAGAGCAGUCAUAGGAAAGUUGCUUCCCUUGCGCCAUGCUCAGCAGUAAAAGAAAAAAAGAGAGAGGAAAAAUAUUACAGCGGGUUUCUAGUGGUACAGGAACGGAGCGUGAUGUACCAGUGCAGUGCUUGCCCUAACGUAGGGUCAACGCUAGGAUCGAUUUUUGUAUAAAGUACACCGUGCAGGUCCUGCAGGCAAAAUCUUGCAUAAAAAAUCCCAGGCGCGCAUGAAAUCGAGAUUAUAAUAUUCCCCCGCCUGCCUUGUCCUCUUGACGAGGCGGUCAAGUGCACACAAUUUAUCCUUGCGAAGGGAUACGGUCAAGAGUCAGAUCGCAGGCAUCACCCGGUGCCGCAUCUUAGUGUAAUGUAAUGUAUAUUCGUUUUUGAAUGCAGCUAAGUGAAAAGGGAUCGUUUUGCCGUGGGGUAAUCGGAGAGGAGAGCAUGUAUGCCGAGGUAGGGCAACGGGACGUGACCCCGGCCGUGCCUGGCUAGGGAAUGUCGAUCAUGUGGGUGAUGUAAGUCAGUGCCUCCCUCCGGGGUAAUCUCGUAGUUGACCUAAUGACGUCCUUUAAGCUGCGCAAUCUAUUCACGUGCUGAGGUCAGACAGAAAACAGUGUUGUCUUGAAACCGAAUGGCGACAAGAAACAGCGGUCGACUGCCGAACCUGCCUUUUAUCGCCAGAGCUCUCGAGCAGCGAAAAGUGUGACCUGCUGCCUUCUGACGGCGGAGGAGUGUGGCAUCAAUCUCCACUUUUUAGGGAUGUCCAACGAGAAACUACA